AUGGAGAUGGAGAAACUGUAUGAGAGAGAAGAGCGGAAUGCACAGAUUGAAAGAGAAAAGAGGCGUGCGAUGUAUUAGAAAAAAGGGCAGACACAGAGAGCAAAACAGGUGGUGCCAUACCAGGUCACAGCGUUUACAUCUGUGUGGACGGAAGAGAGGGAGCAGUGUCCAGAGACCGCUCACGCACAGUCUGCCAAGAGGAGAACAAGGAAGAAGCAGAAGUAUGAGGCGGACGAGGCGUUGACAACUUUUGAGUAG